GAUAUCUCGGAUUUGGUCAUAGUAUUAAAUUACGAGCUCGUUUCAAGCUAUGUCGUAAAGACGACCGUCUAUCAGGGCUACUUUCAUAUCUUCGUAGUUCUCAGUCCCCUCAGAUCUCACAGAAUAGCCUACGUUGUUAUUAAAAUUAGUAGAAAUGACUAGCAAUACACAGCCAUCCCAGAAACUGAGAAGGAAUGGAUCGCCCAGCACAAACAAAUCAAGUGGUCCACUCAGAGCAACAAUUCCAGUCAGUCUGAUGAGUCAAAGUGUGAUCCUUGAUGUGCCAGAAGACCCACAUCUCACCCACUCAUCUCAGAGUGCAUGGAGCAAAAUUAAUUUGCCCCACACUGCUGUUAGCCCCGCUAACACCUUACAGUGUGGAAUACCUAAACAAACACCUUGGAGAAUGAGACAAUGGUCUCCUACUCCAAUCAAAGUGGAGAACCCUGAGCCCACUCAAAAGAUUGAUGAUUACCCAUCCAUGAGGAGAACUGCUUCCCUCGAUGCCAUUUAUCUGAAAGGCCAGUGGCCCAGAGGAACAGCAGAUUACGAGUCAAAUCUUCUGCUUGACAAAGCCACACAAACUCCAGAGGAAUGGAUGGCUGAUUUGAAGAGGUUCUCUUGCCGAGGUGUAGAGUCUUCCCCUAGUCGUGAUAGGAAGCAAAAGCAGCGCUUUUUUCUGGGCCAUCAGGGUCUUAAUCCACCACUAAUUCAGCAGUAUUCUUCGGGUUCCAUCUCCCCCAACCGUGUGGCAGUCUCGACCAACACGGAGCAACAUCCGGCUCUACCGCUAUUCGGCUCGUCCAGUGAUAAUAAAAAGUCUCGAGCCAUCCCAGUGCCCCCGCCGCCCACGACGCAGAGCUCCAGGGCCAGAAACUCGGUGGAAGGUUUCAACACCGAAAUCGAGAAGUUGGUCUGCAGAGGCAACGGAGAGACGACAUCCAACAAGGUGAUGGAACCGACGCCGGAUGGGCAUCGAGCUCCGAUUGCCGAACUGUUUAAGCGCAACAAUUCUUGCCGCAGUGUCGACACACAAACGCCUGUCAAAGCGUACUCUACGAAUUCUUCGUCAGGGACUUCCUCGCCAUGUGGAUCCGUCUCUCCAUCCGUUUGGGUGUUCGAUCAUCAUCAUUCUUCGUCUCGACCGCCCAGCGAUGGAUGUACAGCCGAAGAAAUUGGCGACUAUAAUUCCUUAUCGCCGGAAGAUUUCCAAGCAUUGUCACUUGGAACUUCGCCAAGGAACCGCUUCCUGUGCCGAGAACCGCCCGACGGCUGCGAGAAAGUCGAAACGCUCAAAAUCGUCGAGCAUACCGUCAAAAACGGACAGGACGCGGCGACGCUCUACUGUCCGCCAAAGCCCAGCUCCCAGUUUGUGCUGCAGCCGUCCAGCAGCUCUGCCUUUUGUUCGCUGAACAAAUUCAACUCUUCAUCCUUCUCGUCGGCCAUGAAGAGCAGCAGCAGUUCGCAUUUGUUUGGCGGAAGCGGCGCCGGCGGCAGCGGAGGCCUUAUUCACGGAUCGAAUCUCGGUGAAUGUAGCGACCGUUCCAGCAGCGUUCCUCCGCAAUGGCCCAUUCAACAACAACAGAUAUCCUCCUCCGCAGCCUUACAAAUGAUUCCCGCCACUCCCUCAGGACAGCCCAUUUGAUUCUUUCUCUGAAAAUAGUUGCCGAGUUUUUUAUUUUGGUGAGAGAGAGAAAAAGGGGAAGAAAAAAAGGACGGCCCGGAGAACUUUUAGGGUUUUUUUUGUCGGCCCAUAGUUAUUUCUAUUGUUGGAAUCCCAUCCAGCAGCAUUUCGGGACUAUGUUCCUCUGGUUAUACAAGUUGAACUUUGCUGAAAAAAAAAAGAAAAAAAUUUAUUUCUUUCCUUUUUCGUGCAAAGUAUUUCCCAGCCCUUUUUUUUUUUCAAAAAACAAAAUUAUUUUGUUGACGCCUAAAAUUUCUUCUUUGAUCAACCCAGGCUUUUUUUUUGUAUUUUUCAAGUGUAAUUUUUUUAUUUUGUUUUCUUUUGGUUGAGAGGUUAUCUGAGGAAAGCCUUUUUGAAACACGAGACACACAGCACUGGAAUUUGGUUAAAAACAAACAACAAAUAAUCCUUUUAAAUUCGGGACGUCCUUGCUGUUAUUGAUUAUUAUUUUUUUUUAAUAAUUUGAAUCGGGAAUGUUGCAAUCCUUAAUAAUCUAAAACUAUUUUGGCGGACAGGAUUUACACGACCACAUUGUUGGCCUCCUUUGGAAGACAAAAAAAAAAGACAAAACUAUUUGUGCGAUGUGUGUGAGCUCAUCAAAUUUGUUUCUCUCGCGCGCAUCCUAAUAUUUGACGAUUGAAAUGAUGAUAAAAAAUAAAAUAAACGUUCGAAGUUGUUGAAA